ACUACAUUUCACUAUCAUGGCUGAAGAUGUGAAAAAGCGCUUGCUUGAAUAUAAUAAGAUGAGGGACUCGAGAUGUUUGCUAGAAGGAAAGAGUGAAAUGUAUUGGCUCAGGCCCCAGAAAAAACAUUAUCCUCAAAGUAAUCGGGCUUCACUAGAGAACUACAAAGAAGAAAAACAGGAGUAUGACAGUGGCAGGACAUCCUGGAUAAAAAUAACUCCUCCUAAUAAAGAAAAACGGCAUUUUCCUGAAAAAACCCAGUUCCAGUGGUCGCUCAAUAUGAAUUAAUGUAUCUUGUGAUGAAGCGAACAGACAAUGCAAUUUUUGGAUGAGAAAUCUUAUUAGAAGCAGUUUCUCUGCUGGAGUACUGAAGUUGUAUGCGUUUUGGCUAACUGAAAAAGCAGCUGUAUUGUGUAUGUACG